GCAAUGAGGGUGAAUUGGUGACUAAUGAGGGAGUCUGGAAGAAGUUGAGAAGAGGAGGAGGAGGAGAAGGAGGAGGGUGGAGGAGGAGAGAGGAAGAGGCAUAGACACAGCACACAGACAACAGAGGAUAUGAGCAAGACAGGAAAAAGUCACACUGAGAAGAAAAGAAGUGAUAGCAGCGUGUGUACCAGCACUGACAGCGAAUAUACUACCAUUGUGUUUGUGCCAGCAUUGACAGCGGAAUACCCUGACACAGUGUGUGUGCCACCACUGACAGAGGAAUAUACUACCAUCGUGUUUGUGCCACCACUGACAGCGGAAUACCCUGAGAUAACGUGUACCAGCACUGACAGCGGAGUACCCUGAGAUAACUGGUACCAGCACUGACAGCGGAGUACCCUGAGAUAACGUGUACCAGCACUGACAGCGGAUUACCCUGAGAUAACGUGUACCAGCACUGACAGCGGAGUACCCUGAGAUAACGUGUACCAGCACUGACAGCGGAUUACCCUGAGAUAACGUGUACCAGCACUGACAGCGGAGUACCCUGAGAUAACGUGUACCAGCACUGACAGCGGAAUACCCUGAGAUAACGUGUACCAGCACUGACAGCGGAGUACCCUGAGAUAACGUGUACCAGCACUGACAGCGGAGUACCCUGAGAUAACGUGUACCACCACUGACAGCGGAAUACCCUGAGGUAACCAGUACCACCACUGACAGCGGAGUACCCUGAGAUAACGUGUACCACCACUGACAGCGAAAUACCCUGAGAUAACUGGUACCACCACUGACAGCGGAAUACCCUGAGAUAACGUGUACCAGCACUGACAGCAGAAUACCCUGAGAUAACUUGUACCAGCACUGACAGCGGAAUACCCUGAGAUAACGUGUACCAGCACUGACAGCAGAAUACCCUGAGAUAACUUGUACCAGCACUGACAGCGGAAUACCCUGAGAUAACGUGUACCAGCACUGACAUCGGAAAACUCUGAGAUAACGUGUACCAGCACUGACAGCGGAGUACCCUGAGAUAACGUGUACCAGCACUGACAGCGGAAUACCCUGAGAUAACUUGUACCAGCACUGACAGCAGAAUACCCGAGAUAACUGGUAGCACCACUGACAGCGGAGUACCCUGAGAUAAUGUGUACCACCACUGACAGCAUCAUAGUGUGUGUGCCAGCACUGACAGUGGAGUAAACUUUCAAAGCGUGUGUACCAGCACUGACAGCAGAAUACACUGGCAUAGUGUGUGUACCAGCACUGACAGCAGAUCGGGGCAAAGCGCGUGUGCCAGCACUGACAGCAAAAUAUACCACGAUAUUGUGUGUGCCAGAACUGACACUGGAUACACUGGCAAAGUGUGUGUGCCAUCCCUGACAGCGGAAUACACAGCUGGAUUGUGUGUACCAGCACUGACAGCAGAAUAAUCCUUCGCAGUGGGUAACAGUGGAAUAAACUGUUGGAUUGUGUACAAGCACUGAGUGGAGGACAAGGACAGUCAUGACACUGUGUACAUUUCACCAGAAAAUCUAUGCCAAGGUCCUGGCCGGCUGCCUGCUCCCUGUCACAGCCUCGGUGCCAUGCCGGGUUACAGAGUGUUUCGAUGGGACUUCCUGUUGUGAGUCACAGAACAAAGCCUACCUGGACUACAGCUGGCCCCUGUUUAUCUGUAUGCUGAUUGUGUUCUCAGUGCUGUGCCUUUGUGGGAUCUGCAACAAUGUUUGUCGCUUCCGAUCUCGAUCUGAACCAUCCUUGUCACCAAGGGAGACUCCUCUUAUAGAAAUGGGCGCACCACCACCAUACAGUGAGGUGACUGCCAAGCCUUACCUGUACCCUCCCAGUAUGGUCAGCCCGCCCUCGUACAGCAGUGUGGUUGAGAGUAACCCUUCGCCCCCUACCUGGGAACAUCAAAGCUGAAACGGAAGGCACGCGGCGGACAUUUAUGCGUAUUCACAGAUGAGUUGGAGGACUGCGAGGAGAGGCUAUAGGAUUUAAUACAAGAAGCUAUAGACGUGUGAUAUGAAGUAUCGGGAGGAGAUCUAGAGUUGUUAUUUGAAGAAAUGAGAAAAGCUGUGGAGAAAUGCUAUGACGUAGACUGCGUACAAUUAUCAUCAGACAUGGAGAAGACAUCAAGAGACCUAAAGCAUAUAUUGAAGCACUGAAUGGAAUCGCCAUACUAGGAGACCACUGAGAGCUAUGGCGGGAUAGGAAGAGGAUUUAUAGGUAGGAAGCAGUGGGAGGAGUUAUAGGAAGUGGCUACCGUAUUUAUCGGGGUAUAGCGUGCUCCCGCGUAUAGCGCGCACC